AAACAGCUUGCCAAUAUCACGACUCAAGUUAAUUGGAUAGCCACUUACUCCAACACAAUCGGGAGACAACAUAAUUUGUAAUCGGAAGUAUAUUAACCCUGUUACUAAUGAAGUCGGACAUAACAUUAUCUCCUAAAAUAGUCAUAGACUGCGUAAAUGCCAAUCCAAAUUUGAUUGGUUCACUACUGUGCAUGCCAUACAUUGCAGAGAAUAUCGCGAUAGCUUUGUCAUAAGGAGGGGUCGAGGGGUCGAGACGUUACAUAUUAAAUGUGGACAGCUUCUUAACAUAUCGCAUAUAUUUAAGAACAGAACAGAAUAGAACACUUGAGAAGAGCUGCCGCGGACUACAUCACACUAUUAAAGCCACUCGACACUACUCGACAUCUCAUAUACGACAUACGACACACCACAUACGACAUACAACAUACAACAUACACUUACACUAGAAUAAUACCAAUCACAUAAUAGAAAAUGGCUGCAACUCAGAAAGCUCUUAUUAUCCAGGAGGGAAACGUCGGGAAGGUCGUAACCGACGCUCCUAUUCCCAAAGUGCGCCCCGGCUACGUCAAGGUUAAGACGGUAGCUGUUGCUCUAAACCCUACCGACUGGAAGCACAUCGACGGUGUUGGAAUUGCCGGCAGCCUGGUUGGUUGCGACUACUCAGGUAUCGUCGAGGAAUUAGGACCCGACGUCGCAAAUUUCAAAGUCGGCGACAAGAUCGCUGGCUUCGUCUCCGGCGCCAAUGCGAGCAACGCAGAAGACGGCGCCUUCGCCGAGCACAUCGUGGCAAAAGCCGCCCUUGCCAUCAAGGUCCCCGACACCAUCACGAUGGAACAGGCGUCGACGCUGGGCGUGGGCAUCAGCACAGUCGGCCAAGGCCUCUACCAAUCACUAGGCCUCCCUUGGCCCACCGAGCCGGCUAAGAAGCCCUUCCCGGUUCUUAUCUACGGGGGUAGCACUGCAACUGGAACGCUAGCAGUCCAGUUCGCGAAAUUAUCCGGUCUGCAGGUCAUCACGACAUCCUCGCCCCACAACUUCGAUCUGCUCAAGAGCCUUGGCGCAGACGCGACCUUCGACUACAAGUCGCCGACCGUGGGCGCGGACAUCCGCGCCUUCACCAACGACAGCCUCGAGUACGUGUUCGACUGCAUCUCGGUGGGCUCCGCGCCCGAGAUCUCGGCGCAGGCGCUUAGUUCCAAGGGCGGCAAGUACAGCUCGCUGUUGACGGUCGAGAACUUCCCCCGCGACGACGUCGCCAAGCUCCAGACCGUGGCGUACACGGCGACCGGGGAGACGUUCUUCAAGUUCGGACACACGUUCACGGCGAACCCCGCGGACCUCGAGUUCGGCACCAAGUUCUGGAAGCUGGCGGGCGAGCUGAUCGCCCAGGGUAAGGUUAAGCCGCACCCGGUGGACGUUCGGGACGGUGGUUUGGACCAUAUUCUCGAGGGGCUGGAUGAACUGCGGCAGGGACGGGUUACGGGAAAGAAGAUCGUUUAUAAGAUUUGACGGUGGACGAGUGGACAAGAGGGGGGAAAUGGGACGGUUGGGAUGAUGGUAGGGAGUCAAUUAUAGUGCGUCCCGGGUAGGAUGAGCUACGUUAGGUACCUUGAGUGGCUUUAGAGACUGAAAAGCGGUGGGUUUUAUGAUUAUUGUGAUAUUUGAUCAUUAUCCUAGCUUUAGAUUCAGUAUUGAACUCCAUUAACCUACCUGUUAACCUAGGUAUUUACAUCCUCACGGUUAUAGUUAGUGGCCUAGAAACAGAGACGUUGAUGUCCAGAAAUAAUACUCCGAGGCUUUGAAGCUAGAAGAACAUAUUUUUGAAAUUUUGAGCUAACACGGGAUUGAAUAGGGGUACUUUUACAUAUAUCUACAUGUAUUAUUCAGCGUUUAUAUCCUCGAAUCUUACCCAGCACAACAUUUUUCUUCUAAAUACCUAUUGCGUGUAUGGAUGUCGGCUGUAUCCAAUAUAUCAAGCAUUUAGCUUCUCUGUG